UAUCUCUCCAAAUGUGUAUGACAGCCGGAAACAGCGUUCAAAAAUUUGGCAGCACUGCAACAACAUGUUCUUUUUCUGGCGAACGCCACUGCUGUUUGCAUCGGGGAUAAUUUUUCUUAGUGAAAAAAAUGGCUGAAGUAGUUGAGAACGUUACCGAAACCUUCGAGGAACAACCUCCAAUUGAGACCGAGGGUGCUGAAACUUUGUUGGAAACCAACGUUGUUUCCACCACUGAAUUGCCCGAAAUCAAAUUGUUCGGUCGCUGGUCUUGCGAUGAUGUGACCGUCAGUGAUAUCUCCCUGGCUGAUUACAUUUCCGUUAAGGAGAAAUUCGCUCGCUAUUUGCCCCACUCUGCUGGUCGUUAUGCCGCCAAACGUUUCCGCAAGGCUCAAUGCCCCAUCGUUGAACGUUUGACCUGCUCCUUGAUGAUGAAGGGUCGCAACAACGGCAAGAAGCUCAUGGCCUGCCGUAUUGUCAAGCACUCCUUCGAAAUCAUUCACUUGUUGACUGGUGAAAAUCCUUUGCAGAUCCUCGUCAGCGCCAUCAUCAACUCUGGCCCUCGUGAAGAUUCCACCCGUAUCGGUCGUGCUGGUACUGUCCGUCGUCAAGCCGUCGAUGUGUCUCCUCUCCGUCGUGUCAACCAAGCUAUCUGGCUUUUGUGCACUGGUGCCCGUGAAGCUGCCUUCAGAAACAUUAAGACCAUCGCUGAAUGUUUGGCUGAUGAACUUAUAAACGCUGCUAAGGGUUCCUCCAACUCCUAUGCUAUCAAAAAGAAGGAUGAAUUGGAACGUGUCGCCAAAUCCAACCGAUAAAUGCUUCAUGCUUCACUAUUAUAUACAAUAUGUUGUUGU